CUCAUCGAGGGGAGGCAUUUUGACAGUACCUGUAAGCGGGUACUGCCUAGACAGAGAGGACAGAGUUGGCAGAAGAGAGAGAGAAGGAUGAUGUUUUCUUGAAGCUGUCCCCAGGCUUGACUUUACUCCUGUCCUACUUGACUUCCCUGGCCAGCUUUGUUGUGUGGAGGAUACAAGCAAGCGCUGACAGCCAGCCAGCCCUGGGGAACAGCUUUUGUACCCACGGCCCAUCUGUCCCCACUCAAGAGACUAGUCUUAGGAGCUGAUCAAGUCCCAAGUCCCCAGGCAAUAAGCAGUGUAGCUGUCUUUGUGUGUUUGUUUGUUUGAGAUUUUCAUUCUGGUUUUUUUUUUUUUGGAUUUUUUUUAACAAUCAGUGCCUACUCAAUGGUGCCUUAUUAAUGUUGUGAUGCAGACGGAUUAACCACAAAGUGACUUAAUUUCAUCAUUUAUGUGUGAAUCGUCUCAACCGAGAGUUUGCUGUGUGUUAAGCCAACAUUAACCUACCUCACAGUUAGAAGUUAAUCCUGCAGCAAACUCUGCAUUGAGUUGCAGAGCCUUUUCUAGCGGGCUUAUUUAACCAUGGAUUCGGGCUCGGAUAACCUGUUUGCGCGAAGUAGCUCUACAAAUGGAACCAAUACUCAAAAUACAACGACCAAUGCUCAGAAAACAAACUGGUUCUCAGGAGAUUCGUUCGGGGAGACCGACACUGAUGACCUGUUCGCCUCUCUGGCCAGUAGACACUCUAUCACCACCACAGCUGACCAGCAUGCCAUGGAGUUCGACCCUUUCGCAGACAGCUCCACCAGCUCUAAGGGGGAUAAACUGGAUCCAUUUAACACUAGCCCUUUUACAACAACGACGACAAUGGCUGUUAACGAUUCUAAGGGAACAGAUUCGUUCGAAAGAAAUAGCAGCAAUGAUUUUGAUGACCUGUUGAAUUUUGAUCCCCUAUGUGCACCCACAACGGCUGACGCAAAAAAAUCUGAGGCUGACCAGAAGAGCUCAGGAACCUCCGGUGACAGUUUGUUUGCGGACCUGGAUCCAUUGUUUUCCACAACAACUUCUGUCACAUUGACUCAUCAGACAAAGACAGUCCCAGAGGUGUUCAAGAGUAAGAAGGUUGAAUCUGAACGGUCUGAAACUGAGGAUCUGUUUGCUGUCAGCCCUCCCAAAGAUAACUCUCUAAAGGCUACACUUUGUGAGGCUGAGGACGAUCCAUUUGAAGUCAGUCUACCCGCUGCCGUCAGUGAUCAGAAAACUGUACAGGAGGAUAUUUUCGAGUCCAUGAAGGCAGACAGUUCAGACCCCUUCUCCACAGACCCUUUCUCCUCAGACCCUUUCAUAACAACAACAACAACAUCCGCAUCUGUGACCAAUCCUCCAUCAGACGCACAUUCCAGUGUAGAGAAGAAAUCGGAUGGAGCAGCCUGGCUUGAAACAGUGACUGUGACACUUACCAAGGAUGAGUCAGAGGCUGAUAGGUCAGAGGUCGUAGGGGAAGGGUCAGAGUUCACAAUGGAGGAGGAAUCCCCUGUGGUUAUGAGAAGACCCAAACAAAAGGAUGAAACUGCCUGGCUGGAAACAGUGACCAUAACUGUUACAAAGGAUGAGUCGGAGACUGAUAGGUCGGAGGUUGAUAGGUCAGAGGACGAUAGGUCAGAGGGCAUAGGAGAAGGAUCAGAAUUCAAGGUGGAUGAGGAAUCCCCUGUGGUCAUGAGAAGACCCAAACAAAAGGAAGACCCUGUGGAUGGAGAGGAACCAAAUGAGAGUCUGGACCUGUCAGCCAUACAGGGAACGGAGCAUCUCGACAUCGAUGCAUUGAAGCAGAAGAGCUCACUUAGGAAGAAAGGUUCCUUAGCUCUGCGACGAAAACCAUCACGGAAAAGUGUCCGCAGUUCAUUGCUAUCAGUUGUGGACAAAUACCAGGAUUCCACAGAACCAAAGGAGAGCUCUCCUGCUGACAGAGACGGUUCAAAGGAGGUGUCCUCGGGAGUUCAGGAAAAGCACGAUGAGGAAAAACCGGAGAAUGUGAACAAGCUCAAACCUUCCCAGGACCGUCCCAGUAUCCUGCCGAGGGGUGCCUCUAGAGCUCCGAUGGGGGGACAAAUGAUCAUACCAGGGCUGGGGGACAUCACCAAAGUGAAGCUGCGAACCAGCCCCGUGAAGCCAGUCAGUGGAGGCCUGUCCUCAGGAGAGGGCAAAGCCCACUCCACAGGGCUCACCCAGCCAGUCGCUGUACCCAGGGUGCAGCUUCGGAGUUCCUCGAGGUCCUCGCUCAUCCUGCCUAGACCAGAGAAAAGUGCUACCACGACACCAAACAGGGCCAGCUACAACCCAUUUCCCUCCAAACCUCUGAUACAGACGAAACCAAGGUUGAAGACAGAUGAUGCUGCGGCGCCAGCAGCAGGACGGCGCGAGGUAAAGCCAUGGCAGGCAUCAUGGUUACGUGAGGCGAAACAGCCAAAGCUGACAGCAGGUGGAGAGGAGCAGGGAGAGAAACACCUGCAUGACCAGGAGCCAGAGAAACCCGCCUGGAUGAAGGCGUCCAUUGAGAAGAGACAGAAGGAGGAAGAGGCCAGCGAGAAAGAAUCGACAAGCCUUAGGAACAAAGAAAAUAACCUACUAUCAACCUCACCCAGGCUCUCCUACUCCAGCGACCAAGAGAUGGAUCUCAGGAGUGAGCAAAGCAGCACAGACGAAAACAAUCCUGAGAGCAGACUGAAUGAGCUUAACUACCUUCACAACCAGAAGAGUUCUCCAGCCAGCACUCAACCCAGUCCAGUUUCAGGCCAGGGAGAACUGUUCAUUGAGAGCUCCCUGACAAAGACAGCACGCAGCCGACUUAGCGUCUCAGACCUGUCCCUGAAUAAGAGCAGAGAGCUGGAGACUCUCAGUAAGAAUGGUCACACGAAUGAUAGCUUCACAAGCAGCACUACAUCCAUUCAGCUUCAAGACCCUGUUAUUAUGAGACCAAAAAUACUUUCUAAGCAAGAUUAUCAGCCGAGCUGGUCCCGAGACAGCAGCAAUCGUGUUCUGCCAGGGAGCAAGGAUGAGGCUAACAACCAGUCCAGCACGGACCUGCCCAAGUGGAAGAGAGACUUGCUGGAAAAACGGCGAUCAAAACCUGCUGGAUCAACCGUGAUACCAGCUCCUAAAGAAGCUCCAUCUUCUGACAGCAACAACCCUCCAUGGCAGAAAGAGUUGCAGAAUAAACGGCGGUCUUCAUUAAAACUCAGAGCAGAUCCAGUAACAGAGCCCAAACAGCCGGCUGAACCGGAGUGGAUGAGAAAAGCAGAGGAAAGACGAUCACGCCUCGCCAAGUCUGGAUUGAUAGAGAAGAAGUAAAUAGAGGAGGGAAGUGGUCUAUCUGCUGGGGAGGAAACCAUAGGGAGUCUCAUGACAGUAGCUU